UGAAACAAGAUAGAAACAUGUAAUUACCCAUAAUUUGGUCCUAAUCUAGAGCUACACUUUGUCCUUUCCUUGAAAAAGAUGAUUCCUUGUACCUCAAAGAACAAUUCCUCUUCCGCAUUCAACUCCAAAUUCUUCUUGCAUCACUACCCCAAUUUGUUCAAGCAGUUCCAUUUUCCUUGAAUUCAAUUCCCUCACACAGAUAUAAUUCUUGACUCUAUCUACCUUGAAAAGAGUCAAUUUUAUUGGUGUAGGCUGUUUGAUAAAUCUUGCUUGAUUAGCAUUGUUUGGAGCAAGAAUUUGAUGGGGCAAUGCCUCAGUGUUGAGAUAGAUGCUGCAUCUCACCAAUUUGUUUAUAGAAUGGAUGUUAAGCCCUCCUUGUUCUCGAAGAGGAAAGGCUCCAAGUGUAUAGAGCUUAAUUCUUGCAAAAUUGAAGUGUUUUGGGAUCUUUCUGUGGCAAAAUUUGGAUCGGGGCCGGAGCCGUUGGGGUCUUAUUAUGUAGGUGUUGUGUGUAGAGGAGAGAUGGUUUUUCUCAUUGGGGAUUUGGCAGAAGAGGCAUUCAAGAAAACUGGAGCAGCUGCUGUAGUUUCUAAAGCAAUGCUUGUUGCCAAGAGGGAACAUACUGUGGGGAAGAGGUUUUUUGGUACCAAGGCUCGAUUCUGUGAAAUGGGACCGAUCCAUGACCUUAAGAUCGAAUGCGACACAAGGGGAAGUGGUGAUCCGUUUCUAGUGGUUUGUGUUGAUGCAAAAGCAGUUAUGAAAGUGCAGCAUUUGCAUUGGAAGUUCCGUGGGAAUAGUACAAUCUUGGUUGAUGACAGGCCGGUUGAGGUGUUUUGGGAUGUCCAUAACUGGUUGUUUGGUUCGGGCGUGGGGAGUGGGGUAUUCAUGUUUCAGACAAGUUUGUCAGCGGAUAAACUGUGGAGCAGCCCUUCUUCGCUCUCUGAUCCAUCUGGCUGCUCGUUGAGAUGCUCCGAGAGCUUCAAGGAGUCCAAAUCGAGAAGCCUUGGAUUUUCGCUAGUUUUAUACGCUUGGAAGAGUGAAUAGGUAUAUAUUGAUUCUUCCUUGGUUGCUAACUUUUGAUAUUCUUUGAUCGGCUUAUCUUUGAUUUGAUGGCGAAUUUGGUUGCUUUAGAAUUGUUAUUUUGUCACCAUAGAAUGUUAGCAAAAAUGCAUUAUGAUGCUUCAAUUCGAGUCUUUGUGAGUCAUUUCAUUGAGAGUUUCAUCUUUGAUUGGUCGGUCUUUUUGGAUGCACGACUUUGUAAAUUAUCUUGUUUUGACAAGAGCCAUUGUAAAAUAUAAUCUCUCUUUCAUACAUUA